UACAACACCCCCCCGAAACUCAACUCCAAAAAGGUCGUCUGGUGAGUUUGAAGUUGAGAAGAAAUAAACCCUAACCCCCCAUUCCACACCGAUAGAUAUAUAUUAUGUCCGGGCAACAACCAGCUGCAGAUAUCAUGACGAAUGAUCUAAACAAUUUAGACCUUUCAAGUGAUCUACACAUCACUUGUUUCUCACAUGUCUUCAAUGAUAUUUCCCUUCAUUUUCAGAUCAUUCGUUUUCCCAAACAGAUAUAUGCAUGGAUUGGUUGUAACUCUACUAAACUUGGACAUUUGUAUGCUGCUGCACCCACCAGACCUAACGAUGUAGUCAGUGUAAGCUCUCUUCUUGGUCACACCAGUGAUAACACGGGAUCUGGUAUUGCGCGUCGAAUAGUUAUGAAGACUGGAGUUCCUAUAAUGUUGGCAUGCAAUAUCCCGAAAGAUAGCCCCAUCCUUGAGGCAGAAGCUGAAAAGAAGCUGGUCCAAAAGCUAAAAACUCUUGGUUACACAAAGUCAAUACAUCAAGAAGCAUCUUAAUAGCUAAAGACAAACACCUCUGCUCCAAACACACAGUUAUCUCCAACAAGAUAUCCGUUGCUAGGAUCAUUAAAUUCUUUAAGGCUAAUGAAUUUGUCAAAGCCCCACUCAGUUCUCAACCGAUGAAAACGUCUUCCGUUACUCAUUGUAUCUGGGUGAGAAAUUGAACAGAUUUUGAUCUUAAUUUGCGUGCAACAGAAUAUCUUAUAAUCAGAGUUGUCAUGAUCCAAGAUGUAUAAGACACAUUAAAUCCCUUUAUUAGAAAAAGGGUUUAUUUAGUAUUGUCGUCGUUUUUCACA